CAGUUUUAAACAGGCCAAGGUUUUAACUGGGCUUGGGCCUAACCCACCCAAAGCCGAUACCUAGCUACAUAAAUCUGUUUUAUUUUCGUCUGAGCUCCAGAGCAAAAAGGGAGAAGAACGGCGCAGCUCUCAUUCAACCAACGCCAUGCCGUCACACAAGUCAUUCAUGAUCAAGAAAAAGCUUGCAAAGAAGAUGAGGCAAAACAGGCCCAUUCCUCAUUGGAUUCGCAUGAGGACAGACAACACCAUCAGGUAUAAUGCUAAGCGUAGGCAUUGGCGUAGAACCAAGCUUGGAUUCUAAGGUGUUUUGGCAGUUUGCUAAAUCAAAUUAUGGAAGAUUGUCAUCAAAACAAGAGAAGUUGUUUUUGUUUCUAGUUGUGUUUUAGCUUAAAUGAGUGAUUUUGUUCUUCUUGUUGCUCAUUUCUAGUAUUGAAAUAUGGAUUAUUAUGGUUUUAUAUAAAAAAAAAGACUUGGGAAA